AAAUGCAAAGAAAAAAUAUCUGAAAAAUACUGCUAAAUAAGCAUAUACGUACCGGGUACCCCGGUUAUAGAACAAUGUCGAAAAACUUGGUUAUAGACAAGGGGGUUAAUCGCUUUAGCGCAGUUACUGCUUCUGCUGCCCUUCUGCUCGCAAUUAUUGCAAUUUGAAAUUAAGCCUACGGUCAAAUAUUCCAUCCAGGCUCUUAAUGAAUGGCUUCGAUUCUUUGCCAUGACCACCACCAUCGACUCUACAAUCUUCUUGCUGCUAGUUAGUACCGCUAUUUUACAACCAUUGUUUUACUAUGCCGACAGCUUGGUUAAUUAUUUCUUCGGCUUGACGGAGUAAUUUACCACGAUCACAACAGCAAUGUCGUCAGCAAAUCCUAAAAUUUGUGACCCUAGAGGUAGAUUGAGGCGCAAAACUCCAUCGUGCAUAAUGUUCCAUAACAAGGGGCCUAGGACUGAGCCUUGUGGAACUCCGCCAGUUAUUUUGUGCUACUUUACACUAGCAUCGGUUUUAUAGCGCAGGGGUCUGUCAGAAAGGUAACUGGCGAUAAUCCUACAAAUGUACAUUGGAAUGUGGAAACUAUCAAGCUCGAUCAGAAAUUUGCUCUAAUUCGCCGUAUUGAAGGCGUUCCUAAUGCCCAGCGUUACAAUUAGGCAGUACUUCUUGCUACCGUGUAGCCAUCGAGUACCUUCAAGUGUCUUUUUUUUUUAUCCGAAGGGGGAAUCUUACAUAGAUACCGUCAAUAUAGAUGGCAUGCACGAUUCAUACUGAUCGCUAAGGGUGCACCUCAUUCGGGACCACACACAGUCAGUAUUACUACUAAACUGGACUUGCGAAACAGUACACCUACGUACUAAACCCUAACUUCGACUUCUGUAGCUUUAGUUUGCCCUGCGGUACCGCCGUUUAAGCAUUGCAUCGCAGGGCCAAGCUAGCCAUUAUGGCUCUUCAUUUAUAUUUCUGUCUCCGUCUAUCCUUCAUUACUUCUUUGUCUUCUUUCUCUAAUGCAGUCCCUGUAACACAUUUGCGGACCAUUCUCUCAUCUUGGUCCACACCAACUACGACCUUCAAGUGACUUCUGUGUGUGUGUCUGUACGCAUGUAUAUCCGACUUGUAAGCCAAGCGAUGGCCAUAUAUGUAUGUAUGUAUGUAUAUUAGCCAUGAUAGCAAUUAAUUAAAGACAAUCGAUUGCAAUCGUAAGCAGAAACGUGUCAGCAAUAAUUAUGCAAGAGAUAUUGAGUCAUGCAAUUCGAGCACGCACCGGCACAAAUAGUUACUCGUAUGUGCAAGCGAUAGGUCAGCACGGAGAUUAAGAACUGGUAUCUUGGAGACAAGUACGAGCAUAUCGAGUCAGCAGUAGAUACCCUGAUAUCAAAUGCCGAUGUUCUAAAUAAGCCACUGCUAAGAUAAUGGCCACAAUGCCAACAAAUGGAAAUGAACUUAUAAAUAGCCACUGCGGCCUAAUAUCUUUGAGUAACAUGCACAACUGAACAACGGAUGGACGACGCCAGUUUGCUGCUUGAGAUAAAUAUAAAAAUUAUUAUUAAAAUUACGGAGCUCCCAAGUCGCAGCAAGGAGCAAAGGAUCAUCUUCGUAUUCGACAUAGUGCAGGGUGUCUGAGAAGCAAUCCAAAAUGACCAAUAAUUUAGUGUUAACUCUAGCAAUAACAGUAGCUUGCGUUCUGUUGCAGUAUUGCUUUGCACAGGCGGUGGCAGUUCCUUUUCAACCGACUGCGCUUGGAACUCAGUCACUAAGAACAGUUUCUGCACUUCAAAGUCUGCAUACUCCUCCAGCGCCUUUAGCUAAACAGGCAAUAUUAGCUCCAGCAACAGUGCAGUCUGCUACGGCCACCACAUCACAAGGCAUUCACACUUUUCCUUCACUACAGCUGCAAAAGUUAUCACCGUUACCCAUGAUAGAACCAGCUAGUUCCUUUAUAUCUGCAAUAGCGACAAAAAAACCUUCAGCUGCGCUUUCACCAUCAGCAAUUGGACUCUUUGUGCCGCUUCGCUUAACGGCAACAAUGACUCAACCACCGCCAGUAGCUACGCCACUUCCAGUUGCAAUACCUCAAAACACAUCUGCUACUACUAUUUCGUCUCCGGAGCUUGCCUCAACAACCCAUAGACUGGCUUCGAACUCAGUAAAAUCUGCCACAUUUGCUACUCCAUUUUCCACCGAUGCUCCAGCCAUGAAAAUGGGUACAAAACCGACUCUAUCACACAAGACUCUACUAUCCAUCCAUAAAAAAGAGAUGUUCGGCAAACAUCCAAGCUAUAGAUAUAAAUCGAAACGCCGUUCUAAAGCUACAAAGAAUAAAAUGACUGCAUUCGAGGCAUACUCGAAAAAACGGGUACGAAACCCUAAAGAAGAUUCGAGAACUUACUUUUCACCAGCUGUUUUUGUGGCUCCAGCGCCAAUAACUUAUUCGCCUAACUCAGUUAAGGAAUCCACUGGCUUACCACCGGGCGGUUUCAUCGUUAUUAUGCGUGCAAAUGGCGCUUUAGAGCCGAUAUUACGGCCGCCACUUCCUCAAUGAGCUCACACUAAACUUCUUGUGCUAUAAGUGAUUCUUUAUUUUUAUGUUAAGCAACUGUUUUAUAUUUAAGAAUAAAAUACAAAACAAAAGUUUUUGAUUGCCCUAUUUCCAGUAUAUAUAACCAGCUGCCGCCAUAGCCGAAUGGGUUGGUGCAUGACUACCACUGAGAAUUCAGAGAGAACAUUGGUUUGAAUCUCGGUGAAACACCAAAAUGAAGAAAAAGUUUUUUCUAAUCGCGGCCACUCCACGGCAGGCAAUGGCAAACCUCCGAGUGUAUUUCUGCCAUGAAAAGUUCCUCAUAAAAAAUAUCAGCCGUUCGAAGUCGGCUUGAAAUUGUAGGUCCCUCCAUUUGUGGAACAACAUUAAGACGCAUACCACAAACAGGAGGAGGAGCUCGGCCAAACAACCAAAAAGGGUGUACGCGCCAAUACAUAUAUAUCCAGCUGCCUCUACAUCCCCGUUUUGGGUAUAUAUCCUUCGGGUUGCAAGUCCAAAUCGAUUUUAAAAACAACCUAAUUUUAUGAAGUAGAGUUCUGAAGUUAGGGUGUUCAUGCUGCAUGUAGGCAUAUGCUUCGUCUAAGAAAAAUUAGCGUAAAGCCUUGAAUGAAACACCCAUCCUUAAACUUAAUUGGGGCAACACAACUCUUCAUAGAGCUUUUGUGGUAUGAAGUGAAGUUCGUUAUGUGAGCCAUAUGUUAAGUUUUUUUUGUAAAAUCGACCAGCUAACAUGCUAAGGUUGUGUGCCGGAGGGCGGAGCUCUUGAAAAUGACAUUCUAGAAGAAAUGUAGGAGUUUUACUAAUUUUUUGAGACAUCUGUUAUUGUUGUAAGAGUAUAAAAGAAUCUCCAUAUAAUGUAUAACCGGGUAAUGUAUAACCGACUGUGGUGAAAACAUUAAGGUCAAUAUACUUUCCUCAGUUUUGUAGCACAGCGAUUGAAGGUUCGAAGAUUGGGCAAAUAAAAAAUAAACAUUUUGUGAGCAAAGGGUAUUUUAACCCUAGAACGUCAUCCUUAUUUCUUGCACACUAACGUCAUCCUUCGUCAUUUUGACUACGAUGUAUUUUAAAAAGCUUGUAAAAAAACUUGUCAACAAAAAUAGGUAUCAAAAUUGAUUUGUUAUUUUUAUUUAGAUACUUUAAAAUUAAUAUUUA